AGUAUACGACAAGCAUACAGUUAUUCUGCCUUGAGAUGUAGCCAAAAGUCCUUAAUACCGACUUCUUCAGAUCUAGAGCCAGAAGUUCAAACAAAAAUCAAUAUGACUCGGCAAAAUUACUUAAAAAUGUCCGUUAAGUUACUGCUGAUUUGUCUUGUCGUUUUAUAUUAUUAAUCGGAAUUGCCAAGAAAGAAAAACGUUGCCCAAGAGAAGAGAAGGAGAAAUUAAGAUCACAGACUUCUACUCUCUUCUCUCAAGUCUCAUCUCCAUUUUCUGAAUAGAUCUCAAUUAAAAUGGCAAUUGCAUCACCAUCAUCAAUAACUGUCAGAUCAUACUCAUCACUGUCACCAGUAUGGUCAGUUAAACGAGUUUCACAGUCACAGCUAAGGAUGAUGGCCGUCAGAUCAAGUAACAGUUAUAGUCUCUCUGUAAGUACUACUUCGAUUCUAACUAACCUUCAGAAUAACUGUGCUACUCCUCUUCCUAUACUUCGCCACGUGGCAGAUUCAAUGGCUGAUGAUAUGAGAGCUGGUCUGGCCGUUGAUGGUGGUAGUUCUCUUAAAAUGAUUCUGAGUUAUGUCAACAGCCUACCCACUGGGAAUGAGGAUGGGUUGUUUUACGCUUUAGAUCUUGGAGGGACAAAUUUUCGUGUAUUAAGGCUACAAUUAGGUGGGAAAAGUGAACGUGUUGUCGAUACAGAAUUCGAGCAGGUCUCCAUUCCUAAACAACUUAUGUCUGGUACCUCAGAGGAGUUGUUUGAUUUUAUUGCUUCGGGUUUGUCGAAAUUCGUAGAGAAGGAAAGUGAGAGAUUUAGUUUUCCAAGUGGAAAGAAAAGGGAAAUUGGCUUUACAUUUUCUUUCCCAGUAAAACAGAUUGCCAUUGAUUCAGGAAUAUUGAUUAAAUGGACGAAAGGGUUUGCUGUUUCAGGAACGAGAGGAAAAGAUGUAGUUGUUUGUUUGAAUGAAGCAAUGGAAAGAAAAGGACUUGAUAUGCGGGUGUCUGCUUUGGUUAAUGAUAGUGUUGGAACGCUCGCUGGAGCAAGGUAUUGGGACGACAAUGUGAUGGUUGCUGUCAUUUUAGGGACUGGAACAAAUGCUUGUUAUGUAGAACGCAUGGAUGCUAUUUCGAAACUGCAUUGCCAGGGUGACCAAGUGCCUAUAUCUGGGAGUACGAUCAUUAAUACUGAGUGGGGAGCAUUUUCAAAAGGACUUCCUUUAACAGAUUUUGAUAAAGAUAUGGAUGAUGCAAGUAUUAAUCCUGGUGAGCAGAUAUUUGAGAAGACGAUUUCGGGAAUGUACCUAGGUGAAAUCGUAAGGAGAGUAUUAGUAAAGAUGGCUGAAGUGGGAAAUUUGUUUGAUGAAUCUAUACCCGAAAAGCUCUCAACACCUCUUGUUCUAAGGACACCUGAUCUAUGUGCUAUGCAACAAGACAACUCCAGUGAUCUCAAAUCUGUGGGCUCAAUUCUAAGCAGCAAAUUUGAGGUACAGACCAACUUAAGCACAAGGAAAACUGUUGUAGAGGUGAUCGACACCAUAGUGAAAAGAGGAGGGCGGUUAGCUGGUGCAGGAAUAGUUGGAAUUCUUCAAAAAAUGGAAGAAGAUUCCAAGGGAGUUAUAUACGGAAAAAGGACCGUGGUGGCCAUGGAUGGAGGUUUAUAUGAAAAUUAUCCACAAUACAGAGAAUAUCUUCAAGAUGCAGUUACUGAGUUACUUGGUUCAGACAUCUCCAAAAAUGUGAUAAUAGAACACUCGAAGGAUGGGUCUGGAAUUGGAGCAGCAUUAUUGGCCGCUUCUAAUUCCAAGUACAUUAACGAUUAUCAAAAAGGAGAAGCCAUCCUGUGAAAUUUGUGCAGUACAUUUUUUUGUAGUGAUAUUAUUUUCCUUUGAUGUAUUUGUAAGUUGAGGUCUAGUUUGACCUCGUGUAAUUUGGACUUUGAACACCCACACCCAAACAGAUUAACUUGAGAUAUAUAUUUCUACAAA